AUGGCCAUUACGAUGCAUUCGCACGUCGUGGAGAAAUCGGGCAAACCGACGCCCGAAGACGCUUAUGCGGCGUUAAGGACUGUCGAUUCCGACUUGUUGACCAGGACGAGCUGGACAGAUGCCCGGCUCGCCCUUCAUCAAAUCAAAAAGGGUAAAGCAUCGGGUAACAAAGCGGCGUUAUGGCUGCGGACGAAACUACAGUGGCAUCUCUUCCACCUGGGCCGAUUCGUGCAGAGGCACGCCGGCAAGGUCCUCUUUGUUGGAUUGCUGGUCUUAUCCACCUUCUGCGUCGGCCUCAAAUCUGCCAGCAUCCAGACGGACGUCGAGAAACUCUGGGUCGAAGAGGGUGGCCGUUUGGAGAAGGAGUUGGCCUACAUGAGGCGGACGCUGGGCGAAGGAGCCGGUUCGACCCAUCAGAUUCUCAUCCAGACGCCGAAUAGCGCCGGUCAAGGGGGCACAGGCGGCUCCGUCCUCAGUCGAGAUGCAUUGCUGGCCCACCUGCGGGCCGUCCACGCCGCCACCAAAGUCACUGUCGAAAUGUUCGAUACAACGUGGAGAUUAAAAGAUUUGUGCUAUUCGCCCAGUUUUCCCAGUUUCGAUAUCCAGUACAUCGAUCAAAUUUUUGAAAACAUUUUCCCGUGCGCCAUCAUCACGCCGCUCGACUGCUUCUGGGAGGGCUCCAAGUUGCUUGGACCCGAUCUACCCGUCACCGUCCCGAUGCUCGGAUCGGGGAUUCGGUGGAGCAAUUUGCACCCGCAACGGUUGCUCGAGUCGAUGAAGUCCUUCAACUUCAACUUUCCCUUCGACACGCUGGAUGACUUCAUGAAAAGGGCCGGAAUCAGCAGCGCCUAUCAAGAGAAGCCAUGCCUGGACCCCACAGACCCCGAGUGUCCCUUGUCCGCGCCCAACAAGAAUCUCACACAGAGCCCUGACAUUGGCGCCGAGUUGACGGGCGGCUGCUACGGCUUCGCCACAAAGUUCAUGCACUGGCCUGAAGAUCUGGUCGUCGGCGGCACCAAGAAGAACAAAACAGGACACAUUGUCAAGGCGGAAGCCUUGCAGUCGAUCCUGCAGCUGAUGGGCGAGAAAGAGAUGUACGAGUAUUGGUCGCAGACCUAUCGGGUCCAUAACUUGGAAUGGAGCCAAGAGAAGGCCGCCGACAUUCUACACGCCUGGCAGAGAAAGUUCACUCAGGAGGUCCUCCGACAUGCCGCCUCCUCCAACGAGACCAAGAACUACAAGAUCCAUCCCUUCUCGUCGGCCAGCUUGGCUAGCAUCAUGACGGAGUUCUCUGAAUUGAGCAUUGUCCGCGUCGCCGUCGGCUACAUCUUGAUGCUGGUCUACGCCGGAGUGUCGCUCGUCAACUGGGCCAACCCGGUGAGGUCGCAGUCUGGGCUGGGCAUCGCCGGCGUGCUUCUAGUAGCCAUCACGGUGGCGGCCGGCCUGGGUUUUUGCGCCCUGAUCGGCAUCGUUUUCAACGCUUCCACCACCCAAAUUGUGCCGUUCUUGGCCUUGGGACUGGGCGUCGACAACAUGUUUCUGCUGACGCACACUUACGCCCAGAGCUGGGACCAGCAGUACCGGCGCCACGACGACCACACGGGCGAGAUUCUGAAGCGGUCGGGCGUCAGCAUUUUACUCAGCUCCGUCAGCAACGCCUGCGCUUUCUUCGCCGCCGCUAUUAUUCCCAUCCCGGCUCUAAGAGCCUUCUCUCUUCAGGCCGGCAUUCUGGUCCUCUUCAACCUGGCUACUUUGUUGCUGGUCUUCCCGGCCAUUAUGAGCCUCGACAUGAAGCGGAGAGUAGCCAAUCGUGUCGAUUUACUCUGCUGCUUGGCCGGCGUCGUUUCGAUCGGCUCUUCUGAAUGCGAUGCGGACGCGCCGAAAAUCAUGUCCGUCCAGCCGGCCAUCCCUGUCGAAUUGAAGAAGAUGGACCGAUGCGGCAAAGCGGCGCCCGGCUGUUCGACGCCGACGUUGACCAAGAAAGCGCCCGUCACCAUCAGCUCAACCGUCCAGCAGGGCAAUGUCGAAGCUGCCGAUGGCGAGACGGACCCGGCCUUGGAUCCGCUGAUCCACUGCGCUCCGCCCACCCAGACUGUCGAGUGUCAGACUUGGACCUUGUCCAAAUUCGCUCGCCACUCCUACGGUCGUCUGCUGCUCAAAACGCCCGUCAAGGUGCUGGGCAUGGUCGCCUUCAUCGUUCUGUUGGCGGCCAGCGUUUGGGGUAUGAGCAAGGUCAAGAACGGACUCAAUUUGACCGACAUUGUGCCGCACCAGACGUCCGAGUACGGCUUUUUGGCCGCUCACGACAAAUACUUUGGCUUCUACAACAUGUUCGCCGUGACCCAGGGCAAUUUCGAGUACCCCAACAAUCAGCGUUUGCUCUACGAGUACCACGACGCUUUCACGAGGGUCUCGACCAUCAUCAAGAACGAUGAUGGCGGCCUGCCCGAGUUCUGGCUCAGCCUCUUCCGCGACUGGCUUAUCGGACUCCAAAGAGCUUUCGAUCGCGACCAAGCGGCCGGCUGCAUCAAUCAAGAGCGCUGGUUCUCCAACGCUUCCGAAGACGCCAUUCUCGCCUACAAGUUGCUGGUUCAGACGGGUCAUGUCGACAAUCCUAUUGACAAGUCGCUAGUCGGUCAAGUUCGGCUGGUCGAUGGCGACGGAAUCAUCAACCCCAAAGCUUUCUACAAUUACUUGACUGCCUGGGUCACCAACGAUGCCUUGGCUUACAGUGCGUCGCAGACGUCCUUGAGGCCUGAACCGCGCCAGUGGUAUCACAACGCCGCUGACGUCGAGCUCAAGAUACCCAAAUCGCCGCCCAUCAUCUACGCUCAGCUGCCGUUCUACCUCAACAACCUCGGGUCGACCGAAGACAUCACCGACAUGAUCGAACAGGUUCGAGGAAUCUGCAAGAAAUUCGAAGACAGAGGAUUGCCAAACUUCCCGGCAGGCAUCCCCUUCACAUUUUGGGAGCAGUAUCUCAAACUGCGUUUCUUCCUCUUCCUCGCCUUGGCUUGCGUCCUCGUCGCCAUCUUCCUCGUACUCUGCGUCUCGCUCAUGAGCAUCUGGGCCGCCACGGUCGCCGUUUUCGUACUGGCCUCUAUGGUUCUGGAACUGUUUGGCGUGCUGGGCUUGCUCGGUGUCAAGUUGAGCGCCGCUCCGGCCGUCAUUCUCAUCAUGGCCGUCGGUGUCGGAGUCGACUUCACCAUCCACAUUCUGGUCGGCUUCGUUACGAGCAUUGGCGGACGCAACAGACGGACUCAAAUGUCCCUCGAACUGAUGAUGGCACCAGUUGUUCACGGCGCCAUCUCAACGUUGCUCAGCAUCGUCAUGUUGGCCUUUUCCGAUUUCGAUUUCAUCGUCAAAUACUUCUUCUACGUCCUUUCCGCCUUGGUGCUCCUCGGUCUCGUCAACGGACUCUUCUUUUUGCCCAUCCUGCUCUCCCUUGUCGGCCCUCCAGCAGAGGUCAUUCCAGCCAAUGGAGAAGAUCGGAUAGCCACUCCUACACCGAUGCCGUCUCCUUGCAUGGAACGCUGUUCCAGACGCGGCGACUCGAGUGGAGCCGGUUUCCGCUCCCAGUCCGAAAACGGUAGCAGUAGCAAUAAUAACAAUAACAACAACAACAAUCCGUCAGUGACGUAUGUUCCGCGCCGGUUGCGCGGUUCAGACUUGUCGCUAACCACCAUCACCGAAGAGCCACCUUCGUGGACAUCGUCUCACGAAAUUGUCGUCCAACCCGAAGUGGUGGUCGAGACGACAACUUGCAAUGGGAACGGCAGCUGUAACUCUUCCAGUGGUAGUGACUGCAAUUCCAGCAGUAGUAGUAGCAGCAGCAGCAGUAGUAGCAACAGCAGCGGCUCGUCACCGCCGUUGUCCGUCACGACGACUCACGGCCGCCAACAUUUCACCACCAAAGUGACGGCUACGGCCAAAGUCAAGGUGGAAGUCCACGCUCCCAUCUCGCACAGUUCGAUGGAGCCGUCUUAUUACAAGCACCGACGGCGACGAGACGGCGGCCAAUAGUUUCCUUUUUAUUAUUCUGAAAGAGAACACAAGAAUUGGAUUGGGCAACAGACGGACAUUUGAUAACAACAAAUCAUUUGCCCCAAUCCUUUUUCUCGUCUCUUUAUUGUACAGCAGUGGAAAAACACACACACACACUUCCAUUGAAAAAAAAAAAAAAAAAAAAAAAAAGAAAACUAAACAAAAGAGAGAAAAAAAACAAACAAAAACAAAAAUGAAU